ACCUGGUCCCUCAACACCAGCUCCAUAGCCUAGAAAGCCCAGCAGCGUCUUUACUUUAUGCGAAGGCUGAGAAAAGUCCAUCUCCCACCCCCCCCAUCCUCACCACAUUCUAUAGGGGAUGUAUCGAGGUCAUCCUAAGUAGCUGCAUCACUGCCUGGUUCGGGAAUUGCACCAUCUCGGUUCGCAAGACCCUGCAACGGAUAGUGAGGUCCCUUGCUUAUGGAACUCUGACCUCUGCACAAAAUGCACAUUCCCUGGAGGAUCUCUGUUCUGCAGAUUUUCUGUUAUCAAGUUCAAAUAUAAAGAUGUUGAAAUUAGAACGUCGCUUGGUCCAGGUUCAGCAAGCAUGUGGCCCAACAGAAUUUCCUGAAAAUGAAGAAAAACUUUUUGAAGCUCAAGCUUUUCAGAAGUUUCUUUUACAGUUAAGGUUACUUGGUGGAUUAGCAAAAGAAGCAAUUUUCUGUCACCUGAGAGUCCCAGACCAGUUUCAGAAAUCAAGAGAGGAGAUCAAUGUUGUUCUUCUCACAGGAAAAGGUGUGUUCUGUUUGGAUGUGAGGAAUUGGAAGGGCAGAGUUUCCUCUCAAGACAACUACUGGCUGUUGCAGGUCCCAGACGAUACAGAUUUGAUGACAAACACUUCAGUUAAACAAUUUGCAGAUCCAGUCCAAAGGAUUAAGAAGAAAACACUAAAUUUGUGGAAUCACUUAAUGAAAAAUGGUGUGUGCCUUCGCCAGAGCGCCUUCUUCCCACGAGUAGUCUUUCUGAAUCCUGUAUGUGAACUGGACCCGGAAAUGUCACAGAUAAAUGAGAUCAUAGCUCCACACAAAGUUGAAUCCUUUAUUUGUUCUUUCAAGGAAGGUUAUAUGUCAUGGAUGACCAACGUUUUUAUACCACAUUGGUUGUCUGGUCACUUAUCAUUCCGUCACAUCAAUGACUUGAGGAUGGCACUUGGUAAAAUUGGCACAUGGGACAUUUUGGACCUACAUGGAGGACAGCGGUUGAUAGGUGACUAUCAAGGCUGUGUACAUAUUGCUGUGAAUAGAGAUGAGACAGAUGAACUUGAAUUUUCACAUCAGAGGAAUUUGACUACUGGAUAUAUCUGGGCCCUUGCAGGUUAUUCGCCACAGGUGACUGUCAAGAUGUACAAGCGAGGGAGUCACGGCUGGUUAUGGAGAGCUGUCUGUAGCACAGUGGUUAUUCCAUACAACUCCCACGUCACUUUCAGAGUCUGUGGAGAGGACGCAGAUGCCAAGAUCCCAGCCAACGACAUCGACAGAAUCAUCCUGAGCAUAUGAAAUUGAUUUCAGUAUUAAAUCGGCCAUGGCAGCUGUGCCACAUUAUUACAAUCAUCUGCGGCCAUUUUUCAUUGAUUACUUAAUUUGUGUUCUUCAAAUAAUCGAAAAGCAAAUCUCAUUAGCCAUAGGUCAGUGGGCAUGAAAAAAUGGAAAAUUCAUUUUGAUACUUAGUUGGCUGAAAAAGUGCUAAGCAUUAAGCUGUGUACAUUACAGUUUACUGUGUGCACUCCAUUUUAAGAGUGUUUAGCCACCCUGAUGAUUAAUAACUAGAAGACAACUUUUCAACUUUUCUUUUUUAGUACUAGUGACGUCAUGCAGGUCAGGUGCAUUGAUGCUCAUGAGUUAUAAACAGAGUUGCAUGUUGGGUAUUUAAUUAUAUAAUAAAGUUCUAUUGACAUACAGUUGGUUAAGGCACUGAAAGACAAUCUGUUCUUUUUAAUUUCCCCUGUUUUCACUAUUGUUCUUUAUAAACAGGAAGAAUAUGCUGUGUACUAGAAAUUAUAUUUUUUAAGUGUAAAUGAAUUGUAUCCUUUUAAAAAUAAAAUUGACUUUUUUUAC